AUGCUUUGGGAUAGAACGCCAGCCCGAAAACGUCUCAAUCUAUUUAUACCUCGACGCUUCCCCAGCUCAUCUUGCAUCUUUUGUCAAGAUGCUACUGAAGAUCAGUAUCACUUUUUCUUUGGCUGUUCUAUCAAACGGCAGGUGUGGAACGUCAUUCUCUCUCGCUUUUGCCCAGCCUGGAACCUUGCUGAAAUCUGCCUUCUCCUUACCAGAGGCAGCUUCCCACCACGUUCCUCCCAUCAAGGCCUUUGGAUUAUCCUUUCCGCUGUCACUGCUAAAGCGAUUUGGAGUGCUCAUUGGAAAUUUGUUUUUGAUGACCAACCCUUUCUGUCAGGCGUUGUGGCACAAAAAGCGUCCACUGUAAUAGAAAAACACAUCGAGUUCAUAAUUAGGAUCACACUUGUCUCUAGAAUACCAAAAAAAGGACAGUUCAAGAUGUCUUAUCUGAGACUUCUAGAAGAAAAACCUACACUAUACCUAGUGUAA